CCGUUUACUGCAGCAUUCGCCGACGAGAUACUCAUGAGCACGCGUGUCGCGUUAAUUUAUAUAAAUCGGCUUAAAUAUAGUAGUGCAUAAAUAUAUAUAUAUUUACAUACAUACAUAGAAAUAUAUGUAUAUAGUAAUCGUCCGGUAAAUAUAAUAGUAGUAAUAUUAUUUGUUAAGAUUAAAAAAAAAAAAAAAAUUAGUUUGUUUAAAUUUUUUGUUUUUGUUCUUUUCUGUUGUGGUGUGUUUUUCAUGUGCGUUUCCGGCCGUGAAUCCGCCGCCUAACCGCCCGAUGGACGCGUUAUAGUGAUCAAGUGAGGUUUAGUUUGGUUUGGUUUCAUUUUUUGAAUUUGUGUACACAAAUAUACAUAAAAUAAUAGUAUUGUCGGUGCGAUUUUUUGCUGUCGAGUGCGUUCAAAUUUUAGUUUUGUUCUGUGCGCGCGUUCUACUACGUUUUUUGUGCGAUGUUGGCGUAAACAACGACUGUUUCUUUAACCGUUCGGAGUCGUGUCCGUUCUGUUCGCGUCGCAACCCGCCGCCGCCGUCGCUAACCCGGUGUCUGGUGUCCGUUGGCCCGGUUGAUAAGUUGUGCGCGGCCAGUGUGUUUGGGCGUGUUCCCGAAUGAUGAAGAGUUGGAGACAUAAUGGUUAGGGAGACUCGCCAUCUUUGGGUCGGAAACCUGCCUGACAAUAUACGCGAAGACAAGAUACGCGAACACUUCAAGAGGUAUGGACGCGUGCAGAGCGUUAAGAUAUUGGCGAGAUCGAAAGAAGAGGUGGCGUUGGGCGGCAGUGGUGUGUGCGCCACCGUGUCGUUUAUGGACAUCAAGUCAGCGUCGAAAGCGCAUAACGUCGAGCAAAAGUUGGACGACAGGUGUCUCAGCACCGAAUACCACGAGCCCGCCGCCAUACCAUCGGCAAGCCCGACCAUACCGUCGCACAUGUAUCCGGCCCCAACCCGGCCUUACAUCCACGGGUCUCCGUUAGAGGAGCUCGGCAGCUUUGAACGUUCUAGUCAUUUUUACGAUCGUGAGCGGGAGGCUGGCUAUCGUGGUCGACCUCCCGCUGCCGGCUAUCAUGUAGUGUCAGCAGUCCAAGCAUCGCCAGACCCGCUUCGAAGCCGAGCCCGUGACAGGACCGUCUUCAGAGCAUAUCCGACGCUCGUGGACAGCGUCGUCGCUUCCAGCAGAGGUCACCAUCACCGCGUGGGCGGCUGGGCUUACGAGGCGACGGGCAACCCGAGGUACGCUCACCACCUGAGCAGUUCGCCGGAUUUGUCGUACCCGGAUGACAGAAGGGUAGAACCGCCGCUGAUUAUCGUCCGGAACAAACAACUCAAACCUUCCAGCGAGUCCCGAGGUUGCAGCGAAGACCGUUGCGGUUCGCCGUCGAGUUCCGGAUCCGGAAGCGUUUCGGGAGCGAGCAGUUCGUGUAGUUCGUCCUCGUCGCUGAGUCCUAUACUGCAACCGCGCAGCCCUAGUCCAGAUCCCGCGUUGUCCGAUAAGUCUUCUUCAAGCCAUAGCCACCAUGGUAGCUCGAAGAGCAGUACUGUUCCGUCCCACGUCUCAGGCGUACAGUUACCAACUACAGUAGGGAACCUGACGCAAACGGUUUCCGAACACAAGAGGCAUCACGCCAUCUGUAUCAGGAACCUGCCGUCUAGAUCUAGUGACACUAGUUUAAAGGACGGCUUGUACCACGAGUACAAGAGGCACGGCAAAGUGACGUGCGUGAAAGUAGUAGGCCAAGGGUGCGACAGGUACGCCUUGGUGUUCUUCAAAAAGACUGAUGAUGUGGAGAAAGCCGUACAAAUGUCUCACGACAAAUCCUUUUUUGGCUCUAAGAUCGAAGUUUCCGCGUACCAAGGGUAUAAAGAUGUCGACGACAAUGAAAGCAGACCUUAUGAAACGGAGUUGGACGAGUUUCAUCCCAAGGCGACCAGAACUCUGUUUAUUGGGAACUUAGAAAAAGACAUAACCGUCGACGAGCUGAGGAAGUAUUUCGAACCUUUCGGCGAAAUAAUCGAAAUCGACAUUAAGAAAGGCAGCAACAUCAACGGGGGCAGCACGGGCACGUACGCAUUCUGUCAAUAUGUAGACAUCACCAGUGUCGUUAAAGCCAUGCGGACACUCGACGGCGAGUACUUGGGCCAAAACCGUAUCAACCUGGGUUUCGGAAAAUCUUUGACCACCAGCUGCGUUUGGGUGGACGGCAUCGCCGAGUCUGUCAGCGAGAAGUAUCUCGCCACUCAUUUCAAUCAGCACUAUGGCAACGUCACCCAUUGCGUGAUCGACCGGUCCAGGGAACACGCAUUGGUAUUCUUCCAACAGAUUAACCAGGCGCAGUCAGCCGUGACCGGGAUGCGCGGUGCCAUCUUGAAGGGACGAAAACUUCAAGUGGAUUACGCGUCCAGAGAGUGUCAGCAAGGGUUCUACGAACACUUGGACAAAACUCCCGGCGACUUGAGUCCCGAGUCGAACGGGCAGCAAAACGACACCACCACUCAAUUUUCACCGUGCAGUACCAACGGCCUCGCUAUACGGGGCUUCGAAACUCCAUCGUCGUCGUGUAGCAGCGCAGCCGGCGACAAAAGUUACCCGAGAAAUGCCGACGAACCGCGCAACACUUCGAUAUCUGUCCACAACCCUCAAGACAUGCGGAACCUGCAAAACAAGAGGGACUCGUUGUUGGAACAGCUCGAAGAGUGUCCCAGUUCCGGUGACGAGAUACUCAACGGUUCGUCGAAAGCGCCGCAAGCGACAAGCCGAUCGGCCAUGCCUUUGGGCGACGAUCGGCCGUCGGAGAGCCUCACGCCUCCAUCACAAGUUCCUAAUCCUCAACCUAAACUAAUCGUACCGAUCUCCUCAUCGACGCAGUCGUCCAAGUUUGCCGUGCACGUCACCAACCCUCUGCUCAGCCCACCUCUCAGUUCUCCGAGGAGGCCGCAGUCGUCCAACUCGGACGACUCGCAGACCUCCGACCCGGGUUUACACGGUCUCGAAGAGAGGCUGAGAAACCUGGACGAGAAGUAUGAACAGUGGAACGGUUCCAAGGCGAACGUGGCGUUAAAAAUGGACUCGGCCCCCAGAUGGAGCGCCAAGUAUAAGUUUAUCGACCCCGACGGCAAGCUCGAGCCGUCCGACAUCGUCAAGUCUGUGCUGGCCAAACCCAGCGUUUUCGACGGCGACACCAAAAGACUCGAAAACAUCUCCGACAAGUACAUACCCAAAGAUUUCGUCCCGUCCAGAACGAGCCCAAACUUGCAGAAUUUUCGAAACCAGCAAGUCGGCUCGUUUUCGCCGUUGACGCCGUCGAGUAGCGGCUCGUCCAAGUCUCCCCCAGCGUCGUCACCGGCCGCUGCCAAGACUCAAUACCCGUUCCCGAGCGGCCACCCUCUGCCGGCCACUACUUCACAGGUGGCCGCUCCGCCCGCAGAACCUCCCCGGCCGCCUUCUGAUCCGCGGCUGGCGAUGGACCCGCGGGUGUCGGUGGCCGAUCCCAGGUUGUCUGCCGAUUCCAGAGGGUCGUUCUUAACCAAACAGAAUAUAUGCACCAUCAACGACAACAGGUACGUGCCUGACAUUCUCAACACGAAAGACCCGAGACAUCCGAUUCACAAAGACGCCGAGAUCAAAGACGGCCCGGAAGCGUUUUACCGUAGUAAAAUACGAGACGAGUAUACCAAAAAUUGGCUGCACACUUUUGACCGGAAAGAAAACGAACCGGCGUAUAGGGCGGUCGAUUGGUAUGACCGUCAGAGGUUCAGCGAUUUCCGAAAAGAAGAGGAAGAAAAAGUGAAAAACGAGCAGAUCAGUAAGCAAAAGCUUUUGGACGGGUUUGUGAUAAAAAGGAAAAGCUCUGGCGAUACGGUCGCUAACCCUCCUCCCUCUGUUCCGUUCUUUGGGAAUUCUCAUGAAAAAUUAAAGAGUUUCGGUGAAACGAAAAAGGUUCCGGAGCCGCCUCCGCCAGUGCCCAAAAAAUCCGAAGAGAUUCCGUUCAAACGAGGAGAAGAACGUGUCGUCGAAGUGAAAAAAGUAUUUGAAGAAGUCAAACCCCCUGAACCUCCACCGCUUCCUCCUUCUUCGGUACAUAAUUUGGACGAAGAAAAAAUAGAUCUCAUAACUGCAGAAAACACUAUCGCCAACAUUUUAUUGUCUUCUAUCGAAAGUACUACUACCGUCCUUAAAAAGAAUGAACCCGAAACCCUAAAAGAAAGAGCUAAAGUGGAAAGAACGAUUUCCAACGAAUCUGUUAAUAAAUUGUCCGAUUCUGAAAAAAAGAAAGAACCCGCGAACGAAGUAGUUAAAAAGAAAGAAAUCGAAAGGAAAAAAUCUAUCGAUCACGACGGUAACAAAGGUAGAGAUAAGAAAGAACUCGAUUCGAAAAAGAGUAGUGUUUGCCUGUCGAAACCCAAGGAUACCGAUAGUAAAGCUAAAGAACUAGAGUUCAACAUGUUCGAAAUAAACCGCAUGAACAAUAAGAAAAAAGAGGAACAACUUCUUCUUACCAACGGCAAAGUGAAAGAAUCUGAAAAGAAAAAGGACGCACAGUCGACAAAACAACAGGAGAAGAAACCCGAAGUAAAGAAAGAAGAGAAGAGAAAACAUUCUGUCGGCAGCAAAGAGACGGAUGGUAAAAAAGACGACGGAGAGAAAGUCAAAGAGAAGAAAAAAGACAAACGUGACAGAGAUUCGUCUUCUAAACACAAGGAGAGAAAGAAGAGCCUGGACGAAAGUGGCGGCAAACACAGACACGAAAGCGGUAGUAAGAAGUCUAAAGAACAUUACAAGGCCAAAGAAGAAGAGAAAAUCCACCAAGCAGUCGCCACGGACUCGGACGGCAAAACAACCGAAGACAAGGAAUCCAAGAAGGACAAGCGAGUAGACAGGCACAGCAUAAGCAGUAACAGUUCGGCGGGGCGGUCGUCAAAGAGACGGAUGAGCGACAGUUCGGAAAACUUGGACGACUCGAAGCGUUCAAAGCGAGAGAGUAAAAGUUUGUCCAAGGAUAAAAGCCACAAGAAAACGUCCGACAAGCACAUUUCGUUUAUAUCGAAAAUUUUGGACGGUAAGAACAAGGAGCAGAAGAAAGACCACGAGAAGAAAACCGACAAGAAGAAGGAAGAAAGAAAAGUCGUCAAGACGCCGACGUUGACGGAGACGGAUGACGACGACGACGACGAAGACGAAGAGGCCAGAGAGAGAAGGAAAAAUCAUUCUAUAUUCGAGGUGGUACUCGACGAGCCGUACGUGUCCAUGUACGACAAGGUGAAGGCCAGGUCGACGAAAAACAUGCAAAAACAAGAAGAAGAAAAGCGGCAAGAGAAACUCAAAGAGAAGUUCAGUCAGCUGAAACAGAGCCGUGCGAAACGAGAGGAGAAGAAGAGGUCCGCGUCGUACGACGGCGAUUCGGAUUCCGACCGCGGCCCUCGUAGGUCGUCCAAGUUGCUCAUCACCAGCUCGGACGACGACGACGACUACUUUCGCCGGAAGAGUCUCCGGCAGGUUUCCGACUCGUCGGAAAGCGAAAGGCCGAAAAUCCAGCGAACCGUUUCGGACAGUUGUUACAACGCGGACAAGGCCAAACAAAAGCGGAUAUCCGACUCGUACGACAACGACCGGCUCAGGGCGCAGAGGGUGUCGGAUUCUUCUGAAAACGAAAAGUUCAAACGGUUGUCCAAGUUCAAGGACUUCGCCAGAAUACACCAUUCCGAGUGCAGUGACAGCGACGACGCGUUCAUCCGCAAGAACUCGUUUAGUUUCGACAAAAUCCAAAACGGCGGUCUCGACGUGCAAACGUACAACGGGUACCAAAAGAAAAAGAAGCAGAAGAAGUCCAAAAGCGAUUACUCGAGAAAGUCGUCAGUCGAUAACGGGUCUGACAGCACUACCAAAUCGAUCAAGGAGAAGAAGAAGAAACACUCGACCGGUCAUAAGACCAACAUCAACGAAAGGAUGCAAGACAUAUUCGGUCCGCUGUCAGACGAAGACAACGACAAGAUUAUUGUCAACAAGUGGAGCGUGUCUGACGUGUUCGGCACCGAUUCGGAUACCGAGCACGAGCGGAAGGAAAAUAAACCGAAAAUGGAAAAUAAAAAGUUCAACGAGUUCGGAAACGACGUAUUGAAAUCUCUGUCUCAUAACGUUGACGACAUGACGAGAAAGAAAAAGAAAAGGAAGAAGGACAAAGAGAGGAACAAAGAAGAUCGUAGAGACGAAUUCCAGAAAGACCGUAAAGACGAUUGUAGAGAAGACAGAAAAGAAGAACGCAGAGAGUGUAGAAAAGACGAACGCCGAAUAGAGCAGAAGCGCAGGGAAGAACGCAAGGAAGAGCAGCGCAGGGAAGAACGCAAAGAAGAACUACGCGGAGACGAACGCAAAGAAGAACGGAGGGACGUGUGCAGUAAAGACGAACGUAAAAUUGAACACAAAGAAGACGGCGGAACAGAAGAGCGCAGGGAAGACGUUAAAAAGCCCGAGUCGAAAGAAGUGAAAUUAGAAAAAUCGGUCGCCCUAGUCCACCACCAAGAAGAGAGGAAAGCGCCCAGGGAGCCUAAACAUUACGAGGAAAUCAAAGUGAUGGACAAUCUGCAGAGCAUCAUCGAGUCGAAAAAGAAACCGAAAGAAGAACAACAAGAGUUUAUUGCCGCCGCCGCCGCCGCAGCAGCAGCGGCCAGCAGUGAAGUGUCGAAGAAAAUCACUCAGGAACGAGACGUGUUUUCUUCAUUUUUCGAUUUUGAUGAUUCCAAAGGCCCCGAGGACGAGACCAUCACUAUUUUCAAAGGCGAAGACGACACCGUCAAAACCGAAGUGAUGUUUAGGACAAUGGACGACACAAAAGACGACCCGUCUUCGACUUCUUCGUCGUUCAAACCAACGACGACGACCACGACCACGACCACGUUCGAACCGCCCGCCAAGAGAGAAAUAAUCGGCUUCGGUUCGCACAUGGCCGACGAGACGGCGGUCAAAAGCAUUUCCGAAAAUGUGGAACCGCUGGUGCAAGAAUCGGACGAUUCGAUGACACUUCCAGAAGACAAACCUACACCCGUCAUAUCCCAAGAGGAGACUGAGGGCGCCGUCGCGGCUUUGCUCGAGGCGUCGUUCGGUCAGGACUUUUGCGAUUCUUCUUACUCGGACAGGUCCGCUAAGCCGGACACUCCUCUUUCAGACAGUGAACUCCAAAUCGAUACCGACGACGAAGACAGUAUCGACUCUAUAGUAGACGAAUGCAAGAACAGUGUUGUUUCAGACACGUCUGAAAAUCCGAACAAUUCGUUGUCGGCCAGUAGUAAAGCCAGAGACGAAGACGUCGGCGACAAAGCGGACAGACCCGAAUCGAUAGUGUUUGCAACAAAGAAGAAAUGCGACAAAACAGUCGCUGAACCCAAAAAGCUGGAAAAACGGCCACUGCUCGAAGUGCCCAAAGAUCCUCCGACGUCUGCUGCCGCGCAAGCCGACAAGAAACCGACAUCUCCUUUGAGUCACAAUUUCAGAUUACCCCAAAUGGUCAUACAGCAGACAUGCACGAGACCUUUGAACAUAAACUACGCCAAACCGUUGGUCGAGGCUAAACCCGCCGUGGCCGUGCCUCAUGAAAUCCUCAUUUCUCCUACCGACCAGACGGUCAACGAGAUGGUUUUGCCCAAACGGCCGCCGGAACUUGUUAAACCCGAAGAUCAGGUGUCGGUUGUGAAGUAUUCAAAUACUCAACCGCCGCCACCUCCGCCACCACCACCUCCUCCACCACCACCACCACCACCACCACCACCACCUCCUCCUCCACCUCCGCCCGCAGUGGUUUGCCAAGAGAAGUCUGUGAUAUUGUGUGCCGCAGCACCGCUUCCGCCGUCUUCUCUGAUCAAACAGGAGUUUGUGGGACAACCGUCAGUGUUGCAGCACACAAAGGACACUACUCCUGUGGUUCAGAGUUGCAUUGUAACGCCCCCGGUCAGUUAUCCCGAGAGCGAAAACACUAAAGUGGAUUUAAAAGAAGAACAACUCAAAGAGGAACCGACAUUGCCCACGUUGAGUGCUCGAGAAGAACAUCCGAUGACGUCCGUCAAAGCCUCGAUAAUAACAUAUGCGAAAAAGCUCGUUGCCCCUGUCGAAAGGCGACCGCUGACAUUGACACUGACAUCGGCCACCGCUGAAGCUUCAAAUGUAGACCCAAAACAAGACCGACCUUUGUCUCCUCCGCCAAAUGUAGUCUCUACUGACCCAGUUGUCUCUGACGACAAACUGAUGCCUAAACAUCCAAAAGCAAAGGGCUUGGAACGCAUCGUCGAGCAAAUCAACGAGAAAAUCCGAACCAAAUCCGGUACUGAGAAAUCUUUGAACUUGACCAAAGAACCCAGAAUGAUGCCGCUAAAGAAAGUGCUCAUUGCUAAGGAAAAAGACGAGAACAGGAAAGACAACCAAACGGCGGAAGUCGUUGUGGACGUUAAGUCUAAAAUGGCGGCUGUGGUGGACUUAGAAUCGGCUGAAGAUUUAGUAGUGGCGCCAUUGACUCCGAAAUUUGAAGACAAAAACGAAGUGUUUGCCAGUCCGGGAGAAAGUAGUUGUGAACCCAAAGAACUGGACACAGCUAGGAUUAAAAAAGAAGACGAGUUCAUGAAGGAAAUGGUGAAAAUUGAUAGAGAUGCAGCAGUUAGAGGUAGGCGUAGAGGCGGAAGAGGAGGUCGUGGUAAUCGGGCGGGUAUUAAUGCAAUAGUGACUCCGAGGAGAACCCGUCAAAAUAUUACAACACUAAAUAUGCCUGCACAGAGCGCCUCGACUGAUGUGUAUGAGUUCACGGACGAAGAAGAAAAAGUCAACCAAAAGUACAGCAAAUCUCCCGAACCUUCUAUCAUAACCGCACCGGCUAAUGUCACUCCAUCAACGAUGACUGCUAGUGCCGUAGCGAGUACUUCGCCGCUGACUAGAAAAUCGAGAAGACUUCAGGAGAAAGAUGGUGGAAAGACCACAUUAGAAGAAACAAUUGACGAAGUUGCUCGAGGACCAUGCACACGACGUACUACUCGUUCCAAACCUCACGCAGUGCAGUUAUUGAGUCUAGAAACAUCACCACGAAAGAAUAAACAACUGAGCGGAAAAAAAUCUAAAGCGGAGUCACCCCAACCUGUAUCUAAAAUAGAAAUGACAGAAUCAGCCUUGUGCAGUGAACAAGAUGACAAAAAUCAGCUCUCAAUGUCAAUGUUAUCAACGUCAUCCGCUUCAUCUACUACCUCUGAGACAAUGACGCUGAUCGAUCCUGUCAGUGGGUUGCUAAUUCCUAUGCAAGAGUCGGAAGAAGGACAGUAUGUACCGAUUGACGACGGAGAGAGUGACAGCGGAAUUAAAUUAUCAUCAGAUGAACCUCCCGAAAAGAAGCAGCGUAUUGAAAAAACAGCCGUGAUCCCUGUAACUACAUGCAAAAACAGUACUACUAUUCCAGCUUUGGCGGUAACGCCAAAUAACAUCCUUCCGGCGACUACUACUACGUACGCCGUCACACCCGGAAUGUCUAAUGUAGCGAAAACGCCUUGUGUGAUGACUAUUGCCAAUUCAGCGCCCAUUGGUCUCGUCAAACCCAACAUUACGUCUUCUGUAAUAGCACCUACAAACAUAGUUAAGUCUACUGCUGUGAUGGCGCCUUCUCCUCCUCCACUCAAGACCCAAGCAAAUAUUAUAAACAAAACAAACCAUCCGGUAUCUAAUCAGCAAUCAUUGUGCAAACCCUCAGCCUCUGUUAUGCAGCUUCCAAUCAAAUCACAUUUGAGCUCAUUAAGUCGUACUCCACCAUUGCCCAAACUGUUAUCGCCCAAAGGGCAUAUCGUUCAAGCUUAUACUACAUCACAAUCGUUAGAACCAAACAGUAGUCAGACUGCUGCAAUGCCACAUCCACUACAAACACCACCACCACCACCACCUGUGCCUUCUCAGUCACCAUUGGUCGUUCAUGCUCAAGCUGUAAUGAGUCCUCCGUUGAGGGGAGUAUUGAGCCCACCAUCUAGAGGAAGAAUGAGUUCUCCGCCCAGAAUUGUUCCUUCAUCACCUCAGCUUGUACUAAGUGCUCGAGAUUUGCCAGCGCCCUCCGACAUAAUGUGUCCGAAAGGAUUUGAUAUUUCUAAAAUGGAGCACCCUAAGUGUAUAGUAAUGAGGAGUCCAUCACCACUUCUGUCGUCUCUACCUGCGCAAGGGUUACCGUACGAUGCGACCGUUGAUCCUGCUACAAUAAGUAUGGUUCCGCCUCAUCAUUUCUUACAUCCUCAGCUUAUUUAUCCGCAUUAUAUUAGAGAUACAAUGGCGCCUUUCAUUCCACAACAAACCGUCAAAGUCGUACCGGAGGCUGAAGAGGUCCCACCCUUGGAGUUACGUAAGAGAGGUCCGGAAGAAUGUCUGCCGGAGAGAAUUCAGCAUUUACCUGAGCCCCAACAAUAUCUGAGGCAUAUCGGUGUUCCAAUGGGAAGUCUGCCAUACAGUCAAGUUACGCCGAUCAAUUAUAAUUACAGGCCAAUAAAUACUGUUUUGAAGAACUAUCCAAUCUACUGGCAAGGCACGUUGGCAUUGAAAAAUGACAAAGCGCUCGUCGAGAUGCAUUAUUUGUUUGGAAACGCAGCAGUAGCCGAACAUUCGCUGCAGCGCAAUAUCGACGGAGAGUUGAAGUUAUCGCAGCGCAUGCGGUUGGAUAAGUCGCAACUGGAUGGCGUUUCGCGAAAGAUGCAGAUUGAAGAUGAAUGUUGUGUAUUGAUCGCCGUACCAGUUGGAAUGAGCGAAGAAGAUUGGAACCAACAGAGCUGCACUUUGCACAAUGGUUUCAUAACUUAUCUGCAACAGAAACAAGCUGCCGGCAUUAUUAACAUCACGGCACCCGGAAGCAAUCAGAACGCUUAUGUAGUACACAUGUUUCCUCCUUGUGAUUACAUCAACAGUGUUUUAUCUACGGCCAACCCAUCUGUACUGAAACAACUAACAUCUAUGGCUCAUUUGAUAAUAGUCAUCGCCACAGUGUAAAUAUUCUAUAACGAGUACAAAUUCUUUCUUCUAGCGCAUUAGGCGCACAAAUUAUAUAUAGUUGAAUAAAUAUUUAAAACAUAAAAAAAAAAAUCAUUAAAAUUGUUGAUGAUAUUGUUAACAGUUUUUAUUAUUAUUAUUAUUAAUUUUUUUUACGCAUUAACAAUUUGUUAUUGAAAUAUAAUGCUAAUGAUUUCAAAUUGGUUACCAUAAUUUAAGAAGUUUUCAUAUUUAAAUAUUAAGAAUUGUAAAGACAAAAAUUCACUGUACAAAAUUAGGAGUAAA